GCGCCCCUUUCCCUUCCUCCUCUCGCUUCGGUUUGGCGGUAGGAGGCCCGGACUGGCCUGUUCGGCUCUUGGCGCCCUCCGUCUUCCUUUCGGUGAGGUGGGAGAGCAGAUUUCUGUUCACUUGUACUGUAAGAGGGGAAAAGAGACCCAUUCAAGAGAAUGAGUGAACUGGAACAAUUACGGCAGGAGGCAGAACAGCUCCGGAAUCAAAUUAGAGAUGCAAGAAAAGCAUGUAGUGAUACAACUCUUGCUCAGAUCACCACAAGUCUUGAUUCAGUGGGUCGAAUCCAGAUGCGUACCAGGCGUACCUUGAGAGGUCAUUUAGCCAAAAUUUAUGCUAUGCAUUGGGGAUCUGAUUCAAGGCUACUAGUGAGUGCUUCCCAAGAUGGAAAAUUAAUUAUUUGGGAUAGUUAUACAACAAACAAGAUGCAUGCUAUUCCUUUGCGGUCUUCCUGGGUAAUGACCUGUGCAUAUGCACCAUCUGGCAAUUAUGUCGCUUGUGGUGGACUGGACAACAUCUGCUCUAUCUACAAUCUGAAGACAAGGGAGGGCAACGUACGAGUGAGCAGAGAACUACCCGGCCAUACUGGGUACUUGUCCUGUUGUCGCUUUCUUGAUGACAACCAAAUAGUUACAAGCUCUGGAGACACUACCUGUGCUCUGUGGGAUAUUGAGACGGGCCAACAGACUACUGCAUUUACUGGACAUACUGGAGAUGUCAUGAGUCUCUCUCUAAGCCCAGACAUGAGCACUUUUGUUUCGGGUGCCUGUGAUGCCUCAUCCAAGCUCUGGGAUAUUCGAGAUGGGAUGUGCAGGCAGUCGUUCAUGGGACACGUAUCUGACAUUAAUGCAGUUUGUUUCUUCCCAAGUGGCCAUGCCUUUGCCACCGGUUCAGAUGAUGCGACCUGUCGACUCUUUGAUCUUCGUGCAGACCAGGAGCUCAUGAUGUAUUCUCACGACAACAUCAUAUGCGGGAUCACUUCUGUAGCUUUUUCAAAGAGCGGACGUCUCUUUUUGGCGGGGUAUGAUGAUUUCAACUGUAACGUUUGGGAUACCCUGAAGGGAGAACGUGCAGGUGUUCUUGCUGGUCAUGACAACCGAGUCAGCUGCUUAGGAGUGACUGAUGAUGGCAUGGCAGUAGCUACAGGAUCUUGGGACAGUUUUCUCAGAAUCUGGAAUUAACGUGGCAUCUGAAACAUACACAAAUAGACACGCACACCUUCUCCACUGAGAUCUGGAGAGAGCAAUGCUGCAGCCUCUUGCUGUGAAAUA